CGGCUACGCCGCCGAUGCCGCCGGCCUCGCCGCUUGCGUGUUGUUGUGCUGGGCAACUCCGGGCUAGCUGAGUGAUGGUCAUGGCGGCCGCUGAGGAAGGCGACGCCGCGGCGGCGGCGGGGGCCGUGGAGCGGGGGCCCGGCGCGGUUUACCACAUGUUCGUCAUGAUGGAGGACCUUCUGGAGAAGCUGAAGCUGCUCAACUACGAGGAGGAGGCGGCGCUGCGGAGCCACAACAUGAGGCCGCCCUCCAGGCACUACUUUGCAUUGCCCAUUAACCCAGGUGAACAAUUCUACAUGUUCUGCACCCUUGCUGCCUGGCUAAUUAAUAAAGCAGGGCAUCCCUUUGAGCAGCCACAGGAAUAUGAUGACCCAAAUGCAACAAUAUCUAGCAUACUAUCAGAACUGCGGUCAUUUGGCAGAUCUGUGGAUUUUCCUCCUUCAAAGUUAAAGGCAGGUUAUGGAGAGCAAGCAUGCUAUGUUCUUGAUUGUUUAGCUGAAGAAGCCUUAAAAUACACAUCCUUUGCAUGGAAAAGGGCAACAUAUCCAACAGAGGAGCUAGAAGAAGAAGCAAUAACAGAAGAUGAUGCUGAACUGACCCUUAAUAAAGUGGAAGAAGUAAUUGCGAAGAGGACAGAUAAUGAAGAAAACUACAUUGAUCUGAAUGUUUUGAAGGCACAAACUUACAAAGCGGAUAUGAUUGAAUCAAAGCAAGAAGAGAUUUUAGAAUCCACAGUAGAUGCAGCUGAGUGGAACCUUGAAGUGGAACGGGUACUACCGCAGUUGAAAGUCACAAUCAGAACUGAUAAUAAGGACUGGCGAAUCCAUGUAGAUCAAAUGCACCAGCACCAAGAUGGAAUUGAAUAUGCUUUAAAAGAUACCAGGGGUUACCUCGACAAACUUCACAAUGAAAUAAGCAGAACUCUGGAAAAAGUGAGCAGUCGAGGAAAAGUAUAUACCAACCAGCUGGAGCAUUUGGUUCAAGAGUAUCGUUCUGCACAGGCACUUCUGAGUGAGGCCAAAGAGAAAUACCAACAAGGAAGUGGAGGAGUAACAGAGCGGGCUAGAAUUCUUUCUGAGAUAACCGAAGAAUUAGAGAAGAUAAAGCAGGAAAUGGAAGAAAAGGGCAGUAUGACUGAUGGAGCUCCCUUAGUAAAAAUUAAACAAGCUUUAACCAAACUGAAGCAAGAAACUAUUCAGAUGGACAUACGAAUUGGCGUGGUGGAACACACGUUACUCCAGUCAAAGCUGAAAGAAAAAUCAAAUAUGACUAGAGACAUGCAUGCUACAGUAAUUCCAGAUUCUCCAUUGUUGGCACCUAUUAAAUUUAGUUGAUUUUCUUUUUA